AUGGCCAAGAAGGGGAAGGCUAAAAACGGGGCAGGCCCGACCGAAGUGGGGCAGGAAGCGACCGCUCCAGUCGUUGCUACACCUCCAGUUCCGGCGGUCGCUGAGAAACCCGUGAAGGAGGACCUCGCAAAGCCGACCAAGGAAGUGGCCGCUGCAGAGAAGAAGAACAGCCAGCCGCCUACAGCGAGUGGCGAGAAUGGUGCCAACGAGUUGAGCCGCAAAAAUAGUCGCCGCAACAGCAAGAAGAAGCCGGCCGCACCGCAAGCUCCGGUUCCGGAGCAGGAGCCCAAGGAUGACAGCUCGUCUACGAAGUCCCUCAAGAAACGGCUGCGCAAGAAGCGCACACGGUUGGUCCACGCACUGGGAGUCGCCGAGGCUAACCCCUCCACCGAAUCGACCCAAUCGCUGGAGGAGCUACGCCAGAAGAUUAAAGCCGUGGAAGGUUUGCUCAGAGACGUGCAGCUCAAGGCAGAGGAGGAACAGAAAAAAGUCGACGGUCUAAAGGAAGUGCAGGCGGCAGCCCAGCCGCAGAAGGACAAGCACGACAAGAAGCAACCGGAACCGGAGUCGAAGGAGUCGCAGCGCAACCGCAAAACGUCGGAGUCAUCGGCCAAGAACCUUUCUAGCGAAAAGACGCGCAAGGAAGCGGAAGCCAAGAAGCUGGCCACCGAGAAAUCGCACAUCCAGAGCGAAGCGAAGCGUUUGGUCGAGGAGCGCGCCCUGAAGCAGCAGGAGAUGAAGCGUCUGAUGGAGGAGAAGGCCAAAAAGGAUGCGGAAGCGAAGAUGCUGCUGGAGGAGAAGGCCGCCCGGGAGGCUGAACUGGCCAAGCUGACGCACGCCAAGGUACGCGUCGAGACCGUUGAGCAGAAGAUCAACGAGAUCGACCAGAAGGUUCAGCAGCGCAAGGAAACCGACGCCAAGGCGACGCUGGCGGCACCGGACAGUCCGAAGCAAAAGAAGGAGCAGGCGCGCACGCGCAAAGACUCGGAGUCGAGCCAAAAGAAAGAAGCAGAAGAAAAAGCAAAGAAAGAAGCA